AUGUCAAACGGCAUCAAGAAAGUGUAUGUGCUAACGCAGAUCCUGGUUGUGGGCAUCAAGAAACAACCCCUCCGGCAUCCUUUUCGCCGCAACUGGGCCGUUAUAUAUAUAGCAUUUGCAUCAGUAACAGCCGCGAUCACAAAGCCCGAAAGCACAGUCCAAAAGCUCAUUGAGACCGUUGUCGACUAUACAGUUGGGAGCGAUGUAGCGUCUAGUCGUGCAAUCCCUGCGCUCGCUGUCCUAUAUGCAUUUUGGACUUUUGCAGGUAGCGGCUCUUUGUCCAUCGCCGGGCAAGCUAUGUCUAGAUCACAUGGUCUCGACAACGAUCACCCUCGGAAGCAUCGCGUGAAUAUGGAUGGCCUCCCCCUGCGUCUCAUGUCGGCCCAUCAUUCGCUGAUGGAAAUUUUCCCAUUAUUUGCGACUGGCGCAUGUCUGGCUCAAGUCCUGGACCCUUCCAACCAGCAAAUAUUGAAUCUCUUAGGUCUUCAUGUGUUGCUGAAAGUCUUCGUUUUCUAUCCUUCAUAUGUCAUCGGUUUCGCGCCGACAAGGACACUGUCACAUGUUCUGUCUGUCUCUGCUAUCAUUAGAGUCUUUUGGCUGCUCGCAAAAGCUUGA